UUUUUUUUUUACCAUUCUACAAUAUGAAUCAAAGUAAUAUUAUAGAUAGAGUGGUUUAUUAUUUAUCAUUAUUACAUGAUAAAGAAAAUUCAUCUGGUAGUUAUUAUCUUGUAAAUCGACAAUGGUACAAAGCAUCUUUACCUUAUUUACCUUCAGUCUUAUGCAUUCAACCUUUUACAUCAUCAUCAUCAUCAUCAUCAUCAAUGUCACCUUUGAGUCAUCUUGUAGAAAAAUUAACCUGGUUUAACUUGUCUCAUGCUCAACAGAAAAAAAUCGUUAUUAUUGACAUGACUUUUCUAUCCUCACAGCACAAUCAUCCUUCUUCCAACGAAUUGUUUCAGCAUUCAUGUCAUCGACGUUCUUCUACUACUCCCUCUACAUCACCUUAUACUUCUUUUUUAUCUUCAUCCCCUAUCACGAAAUGGAUCAAAUCUGUCUCCCCUUUAAAUAAAAAAAUAAAAAAGAUGGUUUCUAUUUCCUCUCUUAAUACAAAAUAUCAACAGAGAAGAAAAAGCACGUUGUAUAAUGAACCAACAUUCAUUCCAUUUUCCUCAUCCGCUUCCUCUACUGAUGGCUUUACAUCUAUCACUUCUGAAUCACUCUAUCAUCCAACCAAAGAAAAAGUAAAACUUGGCGAUAAUAAUGAUGAUGCGUCUUCCUAUUUUUGUGAUGCAUGCUUACAAUUGUACGAUGUUGCUGAUGCUACGGUGGAACUACUCUCGCUUUGUGCAACUUAUGUCCGUGCACUUAAACUUGAUUUCAAACACAGUCGUUACCAUAACAACAACGACCAGACUAUGAGAUAUUUCUUCUCUCAGUUGAUGCGUCAUAAUGUUAUUUUUCCUCAUCUACAUUCAAUCACCAUUCAUAAUCUACCUCGAUGGAAUCAACAACAAUCAAAGACAUGGUGGAUGUGGCUAAAGACAUUACCCACACCAUAUCAUCUAGGUAUACAUCAUUGCACUUCAGAGCUGCUACAGUACGAAUUUUGUCAACUACUACGUCAAUGGAUCAACAACACGCCAUUUGAUGAUACACAUCUACGUUCGAUACAUCUUCAUGGUAUUAUAUUACAAUAUGAUCGAAAGCAAAGCCUAUUACUUUUCCCAUCAUCAGAAAUAUUUCCAUCCUCUUUGCAUCAUUUGUUAUUGACAGACUGCGAUCCUGACUGGUUAUUCUCACCUAACCCAUGGCAAUCCAUCAGCCAAUCUUGUCCACAUUUAAAAACCCUUCAUGUCUGUAACAAGUCAACCGCCACUAAUCAUGCAAUGAUGGUGUAUCAUCAUCACAUGAUCGAUGAUGAUGAUCAUUUGGUUCAAGGUGUAUCCGAGAUUUUACAACAUUGUACUGAUCUUGUUACAUGGUCCAUUCAAGGUCUUUCUAUCCAUUCCACUGAUGAUCAUCUUAUUAAAACAAGGAUUAUUGAACGUGCAUUGAUCGAUGAUCCUUCUCAACGUAAGCGUACUCGAUGUACCUCUUCUCCUUCCGCCAUACUUAUCCACACAAGAGAUCAGGCCACUUGGCGCUAUAACAUAGAUAGCAUACUUUCUAAUAGCUUACCUUUAUAGAUUUUUUUUUCUUUUUCUUUCUACUUUUUUUUUAACUAUCAUUUCAAGUUACCC